UGCGUCCUUGACAGGCAUGUUUUGGUUUGACUAAGCUGGUAAAUAUGCCCAAGUGCAAAUUCUCGGGCUACACGACUGACAAGGAUAUCUUGUGAGGGGCACAUGGAAAGACGAGAGUUAGUCGCGUCGCUGGUGGCAGGAGGCUGUGCAGGGAUGUGUGUGGAUCUGACCCUGUUCCCCCUGGACACCAUUAAGACCAGACUGCAGAGCCAGCAGGGCUUCUACAAGGCUGGGGGCUUCAGGGGGAUCUACGCUGGGGUCCCAUCAGCUGCUGUCGGCUCCUUCCCCAACGCUGCUGCUUUCUUUGUCACCUAUGAGUGCACAAAGUCCCUUCUCGGCGCUGGUGGAGUGCUCGCAGCACCGCAAGUGGCACCUGUCACUCACAUGCUGGCCGCCUCCCUGGGAGAAGUAGUGGCCUGUUUGAUCCGGGUGCCCACAGAAGUGGUAAAACAGAGAACUCAAGCCUCUCCCUCAUGCAGCACCUACACCAUGCUACUGGCUACGCUUAGAGAAGAGGGUGUUCGAGGCCUGUACCGAGGCUACUGCAGUACAGUGAUCAGAGAGAUUCCCUUCUCCCUGGUGCAGUUUCCACUUUGGGAAUAUUUAAAGACUCUGUGGUCGUGGAGGCAAGGUCACACGCUCUACUCUUGGCAGUCAGCAGUCUGCGGAGCUUUUGCAGGUGCAGUGGCGGCGUUUGUUACCACUCCUCUUGACGUGGCAAAGACCAGGAUCAUGCUCGCAAAGGCAGGCUCAGCCACAGCGAGGGGCAACAUCCCACUGGUGCUCUACGAUGUGUGGAGGACUAGAGGCCUUCCAGGCCUGUUUGCGGGCAGCAUUCCAAGGAUGGCAUUCAUCAGCGUGGGCGGUUUCAUCUUCCUGGGAGCCUACGAGAAGGUGCGCCGUACUUUACUAUAGCAGGAAGUCCCCACUGGCAGUCCUGAGCCCUAACAUGGUGGAGGGACUCCAGUUUCACCAUCUCUGGAAGUAGCAACCCCGUCCCCUGCUGGGGGCCCCUGCCCUUUUGUGCAGCCAGGCCCUGAGAAGCACCUUGGAGCCAGUGCAUCCCCCAUAGUGCUGCAUCCCUGCUCAUUAGCACUGGAUUCUACUGCAGCAUCACUGGUUGCUAUGUGCUUACUGUUUUAUUUAUGUGCAUGUGAGCAAGUUCUGAAAUUAAAAAUUGUGUUUUUAUAUA